AUGGACGCCGACGCCCCCGCCGCGCCCUCCGCGCCUAUUACUCAAGAUGAAAAACGCACCAUGCAGGUAGACAAUGCAAUUCGCGCGAUACAGCAGAAGAAACCCGUGCCCGAAAUCGAUUUUACCAUUCAUACCAUGGAAGACGGCACCCAAGUGAGCACCCUCGAGCGAGUUUGCAAAGAUGUCCAGGCCCCCGCUACGACCAAGCCAAGUGAUGAACAGUUCUUCCAGGACGAAAGUAGGACGAAGCCGAACAUCGCCUUUCUCAAGCAACAUUUUUAUCGCGAAGGUCGCUUGACCGAAGAGCAGGCCUUAUGGAUCCUCCAACGAGGUACUGAGAUUUUGCGAGAGGAGCCUAAUCUACUUGAGAUGGAUGCUCCCAUCACUGUCUGCGGCGAUGUUCACGGCCAAUACUACGAUCUUAUGAAACUGUUCGAAGUUGGCGGCGACCCUGCUGAGACGAGGUAUCUCUUCCUGGGAGAUUACGUCGACCGAGGAUACUUCAGUAUCGAGUGUGUCCUCUAUCUAUGGUCCCUCAAGAUCCACUAUCCCAAGACCUUGUGGCUGCUCCGUGGCAACCACGAGUGUCGCCAUCUGACCGACUAUUUCACCUUCAAGCUGGAGUGCAAGCACAAAUACUCCGAAGCCAUUUAUGAUGCCUGCAUGGAAUCCUUCUGUUGCCUACCCUUGGCCGCCGUCAUGAACAAGCAGUUCCUCUGCAUCCACGGUGGCUUAAGCCCGGAGCUCCACACGUUGGAUGAUCUUCGUCACGUUGAUCGCUUCAAGGAGCCCCCGACCCAGGGCCUCAUGUGCGACAUCCUUUGGGCUGACCCCCUCGAGGACUUUGGCCAGGAGAAGACGAGUGAUUACUUCCUCCACAACCAUGUUCGCGGCUGUUCUUAUUUCUUCUCCUACCCAGCUGCUUGUGCUUUCCUGGAGAAGAACAACCUCCUUUCCAUUAUUCGAGCCCACGAAGCGCAGGACGCCGGGUAUCGGAUGUACCGAAAGACUCGCACUACCGGAUUCCCGAGUGUCAUGACCAUCUUCUCAGCGCCCAACUACCUCGACGUCUACAACAACAAGGCCGCCGUUCUUAAAUACGAGAAUAAUGUCAUGAACAUUCGACAGUUCAACUGCACGCCACAUCCUUACUGGCUUCCUAACUUCAUGGAUGUCUUUACCUGGUCUCUUCCGUUUGUUGGCGAGAAGAUCACGGACAUGCUGAUCGCUAUUUUGAGCACAUGCUCCGAGGACGAGUUGAACAGCACCGAGGAGACGCCGACCUCGACAUCGCCUGGACCAGUAUCGCCGCCUCUGCCCUCGUCGGAUCCCGACUCGAUUGAAUUCAAGAGGCGUGCCAUCAAAAAUAAAAUCCUGGCAAUCGGCAGACUGUCCCGAGUAUUCCAGGUCCUUCGCGAGGAGUCUGAGCGCGUCACGGAACUUAAGACGGUCUCGGGCGGCCGGUUACCCGCUGGUACCCUUAUGCUCGGGGCCGAGGGCAUUAAGAACGCAAUUAGCAGCUUCGAAGAUGCCAGAAAGGUUGAUCUGCAAAAUGAGAGGCUUCCCCCCACCCACGAGGAGGUCGUGCGACAUCAGGAGGAGGAGAGAUCGGCGGCCCUGCAAAAGGCUGCGCACGACGCCGAAAAUGACAAAAAGCUCCAUCAGCUUUCCAGGAGAUUGAGCACUGAUCGCAAGUCGCGAUCAUUAUGA